CUGAUAUUCAGAUCGAGUUCUAGGUCAAACUGGUUUGUUCGACUUUCAAGAAAUUCGAGUUCUAGUGAGUUCGAGAACCGAGGUACCACUGUAUUUAUUUUGAAUUGACCAUUUAUUCUUCCUGAUUUCAAAGUCUAUUUUUUUUGUUGUCAAUGUUUUCUUUACAUGACAUCAGAGCUGUGGUAGUUGAGUCUGGCCUCAAGUCUCCAUAUGAAUGGAGUAAGUCGUGUCACAGCUAAUUUCUUGUAUUAGGUCUUGACCCAGGCUCAAACAUUCAUUAAUCACCCCCGCCCCCUCCCGCCAUCCCUGAUGGAUUUCUAUAUUAUCUUCAAUUUUGUUCAACUUUGCACAUCCACCCUCAUGGUUUUAUCACAUCCUCAUCUCUGGUGGUUCCAGGACCAUUUUUAAAUGUGUUCAGCGAGAUUCAUGUUACAAUGGAGUGUAUGAUUAGUAUGUGUUACAGAGGUAUUAGGUGUGUUCCCCAUACCUUGCUGUUUGACAAAUCAUUGGACGCUGCCACAUCACUGCAAGACAUGGAAAAUCUUCUCUGUUUAAGAAGCAGCAUGUACACUGUUUACUUAUGUGUUUUUCAAGACUGUGGGUCAGAUAUGCUGCUGGUUUUAUGGAAUAUUUCCCAUGUUCCAUAUUUCUCACAUUGUCCCUGCUUUGCCUUCAGGUACUUUUCUAUGAGUCAAAUGGCAGGAAAAUGACAGGCAAUUAAAAAUCUGGAGUCAGAUGAAGGGAAAGGUAACAAUUCUUUGAAGGUUUUAUGAGAAAUAAGGGCAUUUCAGCUGAAUUUGCUAAGGUGAGUCUUAUUUAAACAAAGGUCAUAUGCACAGUGGCCGUAGCGCCCCAGUUUGACCGAUCGGCACCAAAGUCAGAGGGCCUAUUUGUGGUCCAGUGCUACAUGAGUGGGUCAAAUUUGGUGAGGAUUGGCUGAAGCAUGUCUGAGAUGUAGCUGCUUGCUUGAAAUGAGCAUGAAAAUGGUGCAGGUUUGGUGUGGCUGGUGGCCAUACUGUACAGGCAGGUCAAGGUAUUUUUAUAAAUCAUCUAUAAGGGCAGUGUCUUGAUUGACUUGCCACCAGAAUGACCUAGGUGUGGUGGACAUUGUAGGAGUUAUAGGAAUAUGUAAUUUAUGGAUUUUGACCAGUAAUGUGUCACUUAAACAGUAAUGAGAAAAAUGUAAGCUGCACUGGUUUUCUAGGUUUAAACAGACACGUUACAGUGCUGUAACACCCCCGUUUAACCGAUUGGCACGACAUUUGGAGGUCCCUUGCCCAGUACUGUCCUACAGGACAUAUUCAAGUUUGGUGAUGAUUGGCUGAGGCAGGCCUGAGAUAUAGCAGUCUGAUUGCAAUGGGCGUGGCACCUGUAUGGUUUGGGUGUGGCUAUGGGCCGUACCUUACAGAAAGUUUAGAAUUUUUCUUAUAAUUAUUUAUAAGGACUGUCUCCUGAUUUGAAUGAUAUCAGAUUUACAUAGGUUGGGUGAAAAUCCUAGGACAAGUGUGAAAAGUCCUGCCAAUAAAUGCCAGCUGUACCAAAACAGCCACCAAAAAUCACCAAAUUUCUCACACACAUAUCUGCUCAUAAACACCUUCACCUGACAAAAAAUCAAAACCGAAAUACUAGGAAUAUGGACUUUAUCUUACGUUCAUAAAGACUUUAAGCUUUUCUUUGCAGCCACUUCAGAUUAAUAUUUUAUUAGUACCAUUUGUAAUAGUUGUUAUAUAUUCGGCUAUCCAUCUCCCCCAAAAACUUAUUAGGAUUGGUACGAAAAUAUGCUUAUAAUUACAGAUGAAAUGGAUGCUUCAGAGAGCAAAUUGAAAGAUUGUGGGAAGAAACUGCAAAGGUGGCAGCUCUUUCUCAGUGCGACAUUGAUAAAGAUACGUUUCGCAAACAUCGGGGAACUUAUAAAGGAGCAGGCGACAAACGAAUAUAUCAAAUACCAAUAUAAAAACACCUUUACGUCUUCUUUCACAUGUUCAAUGGAGCGUUAAGAGCGGGAAGUGGGAUUCGACACAUUUGCUUGUUUUUAUUUAAGUUUUGCUUGUUUGUAUUCAAAGUGGCGGUUUUGACGUUGCUAAGAUUCUAAAACACGUACUAAUCGGAUCAUUACGUAGUUUGAAUCUGAAUUCCAGAACCUCGAAAUGGCAUUUAUGCUACCUCGAAAAAUUCAGUUCGCAAAUUCAAUUUCAAUCUAGUGUGACACGCAUAACUCGAAAUAGCAUUUAUCCUACCUCGAAAAAUUCAGUUCGCAAAUUCAAUUUCAAUCUAGUGUGACACACAUCCGGGUCCUUGAGAAAAGGUAAUCCACCGCAGAUUCACAACGCAACUCAUUUCCACGUUUACUACAGUUCUGCAGGUCGGGGUAAAGAGGAGGCGUGUGCCGGGGUGUAGCAAGCGCAAAUGCGGGAUCAUAUACGUAAUAAAAAAUUAAGCAGUACCGGCACUGCUAUAUCUUAAUCUUUAUCGUAUUCAGUUUUGUAAUGCGGAUAACUGCAGAUUCAAAUACACAAAAUUCAUAUUCACUUUCUAGUGGCACAAAUAUCAGUCCAUACACUAGUCUCUUUGCUUUUGAAAGACUUGGAUGUAUCUUUCUGCUUCUCCAUUUGUUUACCUAAACUGUAGAAACCUGCUUAUCUCAUAAUACACUUUUUUGCAGUGGUUAAACACUGAUAGUAUGUUGAUCAGACAGGUGAUGUGUCCUACAUAGCGAUAAACUGUUUAUCAUGGACUAAUGCCUCUUCCACCCAUAAAAUGAUUUCUUCGUCUCUUUCUGUCAGCAAUGGCAAUGCCUUCCAUAUUCCCUAUCCUCCUGAUAUUCUCCCUGGUGGGCUGCAGCUCUGCAGAGGAUGAGGCUUCUCCUCGAGGCUGUGGCCACCUGAAGAGGCCCUUCACUGCACUAUGUGAUCUGGAUGCAGUGUGGGGCGUGGCGGUUGCAGUGGCGGCAGGUGUGGCAGUCCUGGCCUCACUGAUCCUGGCCCUGGUGCUGUUGUGCCGCUUGCGGCGCAUCACAGAGCCUGAGGCACGCAGUGGGGUGGCACCGCUGUUCCUACUACUUGCCACCAUCUGCAUGAUCUCUGCUCUCAGCUUUACACACAUCAUUGAGAGUCAGGAGCAUGUUUGUAUUGCUCGGCACGUGCUCUGGGUGGUGCUGUGUGUCCUGAGCAUUGUUUACAAAGCAACCAAGGGUAUGCAACUGCUCCGGCACACCAACUUCAGGGCCCUGGCAUCACUGGUGAUAGGCCUGGCUGUAGUACCAGCUAUGGCCAUGUUGGAGUGGAUUCUGUCAAUUGUGCAUCAUCCAGGCCAACCAGUCUGCCAGUACCAGCCACUGCAUAGCACCUUGGCCUGCAUUUAUGGACUGGCCCUGCUGAUUGCACUGCCGAUGACCUUGGCCGGGGACUUGUCUCAGGGGCAGGUGCAGAUGCAAUGCAGGGUGUUGUGGCUGCUCUUCAUGAGCUGCACCUCUGGUGUGCUGUGGACCGUCUGGCUGGCCUACUAUAACUAUUUGAAAAAGACACCUGGCCAGUCUUCCACUUUGGAGGACCAGUUGCAGGCAGAGGCGCUGGUGGUACAGGCCUGGUUGUUGCUUUUGCUCCACGUCGCCCCUGAAGCCCAUGUCUGCCUGCGUCCACCUCCACGGGCCUCAGAUCCUGAAGACGUCGGCCCCGCACCAGCCUCGCCCCACCCGAGGGAGGCCGGUGUUGAACAUGUGGAAGUGUGGACCACUGGGCAAAUUGUGGAGAGCCAAGGCUCCGUGUUGCACAGCAACUCAGCUGGUUCUGGAAGUACAGGUGAUGGAAGUGUAGAACCAAGACCCAGCACUUCCUACCACAUAGAGAUGUACAAUGAAAACAUGGAGCCCAUGCCCUCCACCUCCACAGCCUGGCAGUUUUGGUGAAUGUUGGUGUGGGGAAGACCAGUUGUCUGUCUCCAGGAUUUCAUGUACCAGUACAAUCUAUGCAUGAAUAAAAUAUAUAAUGUAUAUAAUCA